AUGAUUCUGGGGUUGGGAAAGGACCAGGAGGACAAGUCUUACUCCUGACUGGCUGAAGUGGUUUUAGAGAGACAAAUAGACUGAGCGAAUGAGUGGGAGCUGUCCAACUUUUCAGCAGCUCCUAAGCCCCGGGAUUCAGGCUUUCUGGGUUGUAGAGGAGACAAGCAGCUAAUGUUGGCGCUGCUGCUCCUGCUGCUUCAAACUGCUCCCGCUCUCAGAGCAGCAGCACCGCCUAAGGAAGGAAGGGGGAACCCUUAGGGAAAGAAGCACAGCUCCACACGCCCCAGUGUCUGACUUAGGGAACCAAAGAGCUUCGCUGUCAUCUCUUCUUCGGAUCGUCAGUUGGAUCGUGCUGGAGUCCUUUCUUAGUGUUCCAUCUUUUCAGAGACUGGUUGCUCCAGCCUGUGGGAGCUCAGCUUUUUCAGCCUAUUUGCUCAAGAAGCAGUCGGAGCAGCAGUAGCAGCAGAUUCUCAGAGGCGCACCCAACAGCCAGGUCCAUCAGGCUUAGCAGAAGCAACCCGGAGACCAAGAGCGAGGAUGGAGGCAGAGGGCAGCAGUGUGCCGACUCAAGCUGGCAGUGGCGGCGAGGGCAACGAUGGUACCGGUAGUGGGGCCACACUGAAAGCCCCCAAACAUCUGUGGAGACAUGAGCAGCAUUAUCAAUACCAGCUCCGGCAGCAUCAAUUCCGCCUCUUGCAUCCUCAUCACCACCACCCUCCACCACCGCCUCCACCCCAAUCCCAGUCCCAGUCCCAGUCCCAGUCCCAGUCCCAGUCUCAGCCCCAGCCCCAGUGCCCUUUACAGCCACAGCAGCCGCCUCCACCUCCACCACCUCCGUUGCCGCCGCCACCGCCGCCGCCUCCCGGGGCCAGUCGGGGCCGCUACGGGGGCAGCAGCAGCUCAGGCAGGGUCAGGCACAGGGGCUACUCCGACACGGAGCGCUACUUGUAUUGCAGAGCCAUGGACCGAGCAUCCUAUGCCGUGGAGACGGGACACCGACCAGGUUUAAAAAAAUCCAGAAUGUCUUGGCCCUCAUCCUUCCAGGGACUCAGACGGACAAACGCUGAGAUUGCCAAUUGCGAUGAGCUAUGGACCAAUAGGAGUGCACCCUAGUCUGCUGCAUGGACGUGCUGAUAGUCACUGACCAAUUGCUUCUCUAAUAAUUGCUACCAGAUGGAAAACACACGUGAAUCCUGCUGUGGUGAUGAAUGAAUUGGAUAGAUAUAAAAAUUAGGACACUUUUAGUAUAUACUACCCUUUGGAAAGAUUUCCCACCUGUUUUUUGACAUUAUCAUCUGUAACUAAAUGGCAUUAUGUAUUAAGUAAUUAAAUAUUGCUACUGGGACAUCAAAAAUAUAAACUAAUUUUCUAAAAAUAAUUGUAUUCAGUACAAUACAUACAGAAUUAUGCAUUUCACAUUACCCAAACCAGUUUUAUUUAUGAUAUAAAUUGAUUCAUAAGAAGACAAAAUAUUUAAGCAAAUACAUAGCAAAACAGAAACAAGAAACAUAAAUAUGACAUAAUUAUUCUUGUUAACUAAGUGUGACACUAAGUUGUUUCUACAUUGCUUAAUGACUGCAAUUUUGGUACCCUAGGAGAAAGGUCAUAUCGCCCCACUUUAGUUAUAGUUCUAAAACGUAUUAUAUGUUACCAAAAACAGUUCAUGAUUCUUGCUUUGUACAACUUCUCUUUUGUCAUUUCUUUAUCCCUCUCUGAUCAUUCCCAGAAUGCACUACAACAUCUCAAGUUUUCAGUGGCAUGAUUCUCAAGUCAUUUCCUCAGCUAGCAUACACUGCUGUGGCUCCCAAGUUCCUCCCACUUAUACUGAUUCACUCCUGAAUCUCAGAUAAAUCUCUUUCUCAGGACAACUCAUACUGCAAUUACCGAAUAUCUUUCUGUGUUUCUGCCCUCGUAGUUCCCAGGCCAACUUCCUGUGCCACCAGUUUAUAUGCAUCAGCCCCAAGCCCCCUUCCUCAUAAUGAUGCCCUGUCCUCUAGUGGAAGGACAGACACCAAAUUCCGUUAGUAGUUGCUAAGAUAAUAGAGCUAUCACUUUAGAUCUGGAAGAGAGUUUCAAAGUCAUCUGGUAUUGACCCCCUCAGGAAACUGAGGGCCAAAAGUUUAUGUGACUUAUUCCAAGGUUAAAUAACAUGUUUAAGGUCAAGGCAAAUAAUAGUAGCAACAACAAUAAUAAUAACUGACAUUCAUGUAGGACUUAAGGUUUGCAAAGCACUUUACAACUGU